AUGAAUGGAACUUUGAGUGUGAGUGUGAGACAUGGCCACGGUGGCGCGCAUCCCAACCAUCUCAUCAAUUCGGGUUUCAACGGCCAACAGCGUGCAGAGAGGAAAAUUCUUCUUCUUCCACGAAGAUUAAAGAAAUAUAGUUUCAGUGCUGGGGAUUUAAAUUCCAGGGAAAUAACCACGCUUGACGUCACACUGUUUUCUGAUGUUGAAGACCUCGCGAAUGUUGAAUUCCUCGACAUCGCGCAUCGAGUUAGUACUGAUUCAUGGUUUCUGAUGAGAGCAGGGUUAGAGGUGGAACCUGGUCAAGUUCGGAUUUGGAUUCGAGCUCGGGAGAUUGAGCUAGCGCAAAGGAGAAAAGUGUGGUCGCAGUAG